UUAAAAGAGCAAUAGGUAAAGAGAGAGCUCGACUUCAAGAAAUUUUAGAUACAAAUAGCCAGCAAAUUCCGGUUGAGCCCGCAUGUUCCUCUCAACAAGUGGCAGAUUCCUACAAUUUUGAUAUGGAAUCAACAUUAACCCUUCGGGAGAAAUUAAAAAAUUGGUUCGUCCAAUACAGCCCGUCAGUAAAAUGCUGCAAUAGUCUCCUGAAAAUUUUAAAUGAAGAAAAUAUGGAUGUCCCUUCUAGUGUUGGCGGUCUAAUAAAACGCGAGGAUAAAUGUGUUGUGCGAACCGUCGCUCCUGGGAACUACAUCCAUAUUGGACUUGAAAAGCAAUUACAAAAAAUAACUAAGUUAUUGUUGCAGCAUUCUACUGACGAGCUGCUAUUAGAUAUUGGUAUUGAUGGCAUACCACUUUUUAAAAGUUCUGCCAUUGGGUUGUGGCCUAUUUUUUCCAAAAUUGUGGAUGAGCCACAAGUUGACGUCUUUUUAAUAGGAACAUAUGUAGGUAAAGGAAAGCCAGUAAGUGUAAACGUUUUUCUUCACGAUUUUGUUGAAGAACUUAAAUCCUUGAGUAAUUUCAAAAUAAGUAACAGGACAUUUAAAAUAAAGAUCCGAGCUUUUGUAUGUGACACUCCCGCAAGGUCAUUUCUUUGUGGCACAAAGGGCCACAAUGCGUUAAACGGAUGUCAUAGGUGUAAACAAGUAGGGACCCGGAUUGGACACCGAACAGUAUUUUCGGAUUCUGUUGGCCCUCGACGGACUGAUCAAAAUUUUAGAAAUAGAAGUGAUAUAAGUUAUCACAAAGCUUUUGAUAUGGAAGCUGAGUCAAUUUUAGAAAAUUUUCAAAUUGGAAUGGUCACACAGUUCCCUUUGGACUGUAUGCACCUACUUGAUUUAGGCGUAACCAAAAAAAUCUUAAAUCUCUUAAUAACUAAUAAAACUAAUCAAAAAUUUUCGCCGUCCACCAAAGCUUCUUUCUCAAGUGUUCUCGUUUCAUUUUCAAAUUUCAUAUCAAUGGAAUUUGCAAGGAAACCAAGAACAUUUGAUGAAAUCGCUAGGUGGAAAGCAACGGAAUAUAGGCAAAUUGCUCUGUAUACAGGAAUUGUGUUACUCAGAGAUUUUGUAGAUUCCGAAUUUUAUAACCAUUUUUUAUUAUUUGUUGUAGGUUAUAGAAUAUUUGUUGGCUCAGAAAUAUUUAGCACAAACAUAACUCACACACAUGCUAAUGAAAUGUUCGAAGAGUUUGUGAAAAAGUAUUCAAUUUUUUAUGGAAAUCUUUCCUAUAAUAUACACAACAUGCUUCAUGUGGGAGAAUGCUACAAAAUUUAUGGAAACAUCAUGAGUAUUUCCGCUUACCAUUUUGAAAAUUUUUUGCAAAAAAUUAAACGAAGCGUAAAAAUGCCCAAGCAUAUAGAUAAACAAAUUUUCAAUAAUUUUUCGGAAACCUCUAUUAUUUUGCCUCAGGAAAAUAAAUUUGUCAAAAAGAAUAAAAAUGUUGCAAAAAUGAGUAAAUGUAACAAAACUCAAUCUUCAAACAAUGGACAACUAAUUCAAAUGAUCGAAACCAUGCAGAGGAAGCUAGACAUUUUAACUGAAAAUGAUAUUAUAUUAAAAAAACAAAUGAAAGAAAACCAUGAUAUAUUAACAGCCCAGCUCACACGAAUCCAAAAUCAUAACGACUUGUUUUUAAAUACUCUCUGUGAAAAUACGAUCGCUAUUAAAAAUACUUUAAAAGAUAAGAACCCGAAACAUACAAAAAUGUUUCCAAUAUCAACCCUAAAAGAAUUGAAGCAGUUGGAGGAAAACAUUUGUGAUGAAAAUGAAAAAGAAUAUAUUUCUUCCGUAAGGGCAAUUACUGGAAACCGUGGAUUGAUGAAAGGUCUGUCCGAUAUUAUAUCGCCAAAACUUCUUGUAGAUUUCAAUGUCGACGGAAGCCACAACAAGGAGCGUUUUUUAAACUUCCCCAGACUAGUCAACGUUUUAUUUCAUGGUACCUAUGACGAAAAUUUCACAGAGAGAAGCAAUAAAAUUAGCAAAAAAUAGAUUCUUUAAAGAAAAAAGAUUAGCUAAAAUGAAUCCUCCAACAGAAAGCCAUAAUAAAUCUAAAAAUGAAAAUGAUUUCGAAGAUGGACUUCAAAAGCAAGUUAACGUAUUAUUAUCAAAUUAUCCUUCAAUUUUCUAAAAAAAAAUAUUAACAUAAUAACCAUUAACUUUUUAGUUUUAAUUUAAAAAUGGUUUGAAAAAGUGAAUUGUACCUGUUUAUUUUUAGUUUUUUAAUAAAAUAUAAAAGUAUUAUUUUUGU